UUCUGUACACAUUUAUUACACCUAGUUUUACACGUACAUCGCACACAGCAGUCCCAACGCUGAUAUUUUAAGAUAAAUUUAAACGGUUAUGUACGGCACAGUUAUUAUCUGUCCAUAAUCCAAGUAAGAAAAGUAAAGAAAACUCGCCAGGCCUAUGGGUGGACGAUGACUGUUGCUCUUAACAGAAACCUGACUACAACCGAGUGCGUGAACCAUCAGAUUACUGCGAUGGCGCUCAGAAUCAACCGCCGACUAUAGAGAUCUAACCUGUGUUUUGUCUUUGUUCACUGGUCUUUUUGGAUACCUUUUUCUCCCUUGUUAGUAUGGGUUGAUGUUAAAUACAAUUUUGAAGAAAAAAAAACUAUAGCAACCUUCCGUCACCUCCGAAAGUAGGUGACUCCGGUUCAGGUUAAAAUAGCGUUCAAUGGUUAUUAAAAUACAUGGAUAUAUAGAUAACACUGAGUCGUUAUAGAUGCUUCUGCAUUAAAUUCACUUUCAGACACAAAGACUGUUGUCUUGUUGCUGUGUUGCGACGGCGCGCCAACGAUAGGAGGUUUAACUGCAGUUCAUAGUAUUCACAUCGACUUAUUUCUGUCUCGUAUAAUUCACACAAGGCGCUUCGUACGUAAUAAAAUGUUUAAAUGGUUCCCGAAGCACUGAAUUUCACACGUAGCGCUCAAAUACGACAACACAGCAACGUGUAAAAACAUUCAAUCCCACUUCCGGCCCGUAACCACGCCACUUCUCCACAGCUAGCUCGCCAUUACAGUUGGCAGUUUCCACAGGCAUGCUACUGUUUUUAAAAAAGUAUUAUUAAAGCAAACGGUGGUGUUCUCACUCUUUUAGAACAUAGCACUUCCAUAACCGUCUCAAUUUUAUGGUAAAAAGUGUAAAAAUGUAGGCCUAUGCUUCUAAACAAAGGAAUAAUACAGGUCCUCUUUGCGUCUUUCCAUUUGAGUUGUAGUGUUGAAGACUACGAAUCAGCUGAUGGGAAUCUCUUGUUAGUUUAUCUUUUGUUUGUGAGGGGGAGCGCGAGCUGUUUGCGCAGUUCCGAUUGAGAACACUUAGUUCGAGAUCGAAAACGGCAGAUUCACCAAAACUGCUAACGCUAAUAGGCAGAGAGAAGUAGUGGCGGAGUUCGCUCUUGUUGUUAUUUAUAUUUAUCACGCCUAACGAAGGCCGUAAACCGGACAAGAAAACAUCUGUGUUUUGAUAGAAAGCAAGGACUCUAGUGAUUCCGUUUUUAUUUUAAUGUAUUUUCCCUUCCCUGCCUUCUUGUGCACUGGUUAGCAGACAGACGUGUAGAAAGUGCGACUGCGGACACAGGGAUGUAAUUCGCAGUGACUGAUGGAGACCAGGCGAGGUGUUCAGUGAGUGAGUAUGGAUCCAGACAGCGGGGCAGACACACAGAGAGCCCUCAAUGUCCAGUGGAGGAGCUACAAGCUGAUUGUGGAUCCAGCCUUGAAAAAGGUUUCACAGAAGAUCUACAGAUACGAUGGAGUCCACUUCAGCGUGCCGGUUAGUGUCGCCCUUCCGGCGUUUACUGAUGGACAGCAGAGAAUGAAGUACUACGACCUGAUUGUCAGCGGCUCCUACACGCCCCAGACCGUCCCCACUGGGGGCAAGGCCCUGUCCGAGAGGUUCCUGCCCCCUCUGGCGCACCCCGACACGCUGACGGAGCUGCGGAGACGGGUGUCCACGGACGCCCUCACUCCUGGGGGCAGCAACACGCCCUGCUCUGUGGACACCGGCUUCUCCAGCGACCAGAGGAUGGACACACCCUCCUCCUCACUGGGGGGGCCCUAUACCCCGGGCUCCUCCACCUCCUCGCAGGGCGGGGGCACCCCCUACACGCCCCGCUCCGGCACGCCCUACUCCCAGGACUCGGCCUACUCCAACAGCCCCGAGCCUCUGUGUGGGGGGCAGGAGCCCGACGAGACCCCCCACUCCACGUUGACCAUCCCCUGCCCCCGGACCGAGAGCGGCGACAGCCCCCCCGCGCACAAUGGCCAGGGGCAGUCCUCUCCCCAAUCCUCCGGCGAGGACAUGGAGAUUUCCGAGGAAGAGGAGGAGCUGGGGCCGCCGUCCGCCCCUGACCAGGCUCCCCAGGCCGUCCCCGGCGGGGCCCCGACCUCCGACCCCUCGGACUCCGCCGGCUCAGACGCCGCGCAGCAGCAGCAGCAGCAGCACUUCAGCACCGUCCUGCCCCCUCCCCUGCCUUCCUUCCCCCCUCACAUGCCCCCACCUCCCCCCGGGUUCGGCCUGCAGCCCCCGCCCGGGCUGCCCCCACCCCUGUCCCACCUCGAGUACCCUCCGCUGCCGCCCCCCCACCACUCCGUCUACGACUACGCCAGCUCCAUGGAGCUGGUGAGCCAGUACACGGGCGGCGCCCCCAUGUCCUUCCAGAUGCAGACGCAGAUGCUCAGCCGGCUGCACCAGAUGCGCCUGGGGGGUUGCCAGGGCAACGCAGGCACCAGCAACGGGGCGGCCGGCAGCAGGGUGGGCGGGGCCACUGAGAUCCGAGACCCCGACUUCAGCGCCUACCCCCCCUCUCACGGGCCGCCCCACCUCCACAGCCUCCCCCCUCCCCCGCCCCACGCCUACAUGGACCAAGAUGGGGCGCGUUUCGACCAGGACCACCGCUACGGCCCCCCGCCCAUCGCGCCGCUCCCUUACGGAUACCCUGAGCCCCCCCACCCACACUCCCUGCCCCCUCCCCACCCGCACUCGUGGCCCCACUGCCUGCCGCCACAGUUCCCCCCUUACCACCCCUCUCAGAACCUCUACGGCCCCCUGUCGCCCUCGGCGACGUCCUCGUACCCCGGGUUCAGCGCGCUGCCGCCCCCCCCGGCCCAGCGGCACCCCCACGAGGCCACGGUGGACCUGGUGCUGGCCGCCCUCAUCCAGGAGAUGAAGAACAUCAUGCAGAGGGACCUGAACCGCAAGAUGAUCGAGAACAUCGCCUUCGGCACCUUCGACGAGUGGUGGGAGAGGAAGGAGCGCAAGGCCAAGGGUCGACGGCAGCCGGGGCGCAAGCAGGAGGGGGGGAACCCCGAGGGAUACACAGGGAGCAGAGCCAAAAGGGAGUCCAAAACCGUGGGGUCGGGUGACACACGCUACUGCCCUGACCACUGUUCCCCCCCACCCAGGUCCCUGACAAACUCGGGGUUGCGCACGGUUCCCCGUCUUGAGUUCCGUAUCCCCGGUGGUCUCGGACCAGAGCCCACGGUCUCGGUCUGUCCUCGCACGAGCGCUCAGCCUGUCAUUGGCACGGGAACGAGAACAGUCAAGGUCUGUCUCGGCAGCCCGCACUCGCUGAAUCACAACGGCGAGGCUGGAGACUCGUACCGGGACAAGGGGAUGGGUCUCCUGGGCCACGCGGACUCCGGGACGGGCCCAGGAAGGGACGGGGACGGGGCCCGAAGGAAAGGGCGACUGAAGAGGCGGAAAGCGUUCGACCUGGACAGCGAAGGAGAGGAGACUUCGGAGGGCUCCUCUUCAGACAAGGAGGAUGACGAUGAUGACGACGACAGUGACAAGGACUCGGAAGAUGAGGCUGUCAGUGAGGGCUCCUCGAAGGUGGACUCUGAUGAUGAGAGUGCUUCCUCCUCCGACUCGGAAAGCAGCUCGGGUUCAUCGUCCUCUUCCUCUGAGGACGAGGAGGAUGACGAAGAAGAGGAGGAGGAGGGGGCUAGAGUGGAGGAGGGAGUAAGCGAGGGGGAGGACUCGGUCGACACCAUGGAUGAGUCUACAAUGGACAGCUCCGCCGAGGACAGGGAGAGAGAGAAGGACAGUGAGAAGGAGCGUCUCUUUCCAUCGUCAGCUAUUGCUGCCGCCAUUCCAGAUGGGUCAAAAUUCCGUAAGAAGAAGCUGCGAUUCGGCCGCAGUCGGAUUCACGAGUGGGGGCUGUUUGCCAUGGAGCCCAUCGCGGCUGACGAGAUGGUGAUCGAGUAUGUGGGCCAGAACAUCCGCCAGGUGGUGGCGGACAUGCGGGAGAAGCGUUACGCCCAGGAGGGCAUCGGGAGCAGCUACCUGUUCAGAGUCGACCACGAUACCAUCAUCGACGCCACCAAGUGUGGCAACCUGGCCCGGUUCAUCAACCACUGCUGCACGCCAAACUGCUAUGCGAAGGUGAUCACGCUGGAGUCGCAGAAGAAGAUUGUCAUCUACUCCAAGCAGCCCAUUGGCAUCAACGAGGAGAUCACCUACGACUACAAGUUCCCCAUCGAGGAGAACAAAAUCCCCUGUCUGUGCGGGACGGAGAACUGCCGGGGCACGCUCAACUAGAGGGGCCGCACCGCAACUCAUGUCCCGUUCGUGCUGCGCCCCCAGUUUCAGUCCUCUUCCCUGCGAUCUUCACCCUGCAAGACACCUCCAGGACCCACGAGCUGUUCCCAGCCGUACAACUCCAGGCCCCACAUGCCCUGCCCCAAAAUACAGCUCCAAUAUCUACGUGCUGUGCCCUAAAAUACCCUUCCAAUGCCCACAUGCUGUUCCCCAAAAUACAGCCCCAGUUCCUAGAUGCUGUUCCCCAAAAUACAGCUCCAGUAUUCACAUUGUACCUUAAAAUACAGUUCCGGUACCCACACAUUGUACCCCCAAUACAACUCCAGUACACAUGAUCCACACCCCAAAAUACAGCUCCGGUACACACAUGCUGUACCCCAAAAUACAGCUCCGGUACACGAAUGCUGUGCCCCAAAAUACAGCUCAAGUAUCCACAAUCUGCACUCCAAAAUACAGCUCCAAAACACAAAUGCUGUGUCCCAAAAUACAGCUCCAGUUCCCAGAUGCCUUACCCCACAAUACAGUUUUGGUACCCCCACUCUGUACCCUAAAAUACAGUUCUGAUACCCACACAUUGUACCCCCAAUACAACUUCAGUACCCAUGAUCUGCACCCGAAAAUACAGCUCCAGUACCCCAUGCUGUACCCCAAAAUACAGCUGAAGUAUCCACGAUCUGCACUCCAAAAUACAACUCCAAUACCCAAGUGCUAUGCCUCAACAUACAGCUCUGGUACCCACACGCUGCACCCCAAAAUACCACUCCACUACACACACUGUACCCCCCACUACAGCUCCAGGACCCAUGAGUUGUACUUCACAAUACAGCUCCAGUGGCCACUCUGUAUCCCAAAAUACAGUUCCAGUACCCACACGCUGUACCCCAGAAUACUGUUCCAGUACCCACGUGCUGACACCCACCCCUCAGGGGAGUGCUGUAUUUUAGGGUGCACCUGCUGUAAACCAUGUCUCCCAGAACUAACAACACUGACUCCCCUCACGCCUGGCACUCGGGAAUGCUGACUCCCCUCACGCCUGGCGUUUGGGACGCUGACUCCCCUCACGCCUGGCUCACAUGACCAUGGGAGCCUGGAACCACGGUCCACAUACCCCUGAAGGGCAGUCAUUCAUUCUCCAUAGGAAAGCUGGGCCAGAUUCUCCUGCAAAGUACGUAGGUCUUUUACAGAAGCAUGAAGGCUUGAGGGCUGUUAGGCUCUAGGCCGAGCCGCCCCUGAUUUCCUCAAUGAAGGACUGUGAGUGGCGUUACACAGGCGCACAAGCUCAGCGCUGUACAGAAGUGUCCGAUCAGAGUUCAGACAGACAGCUUGCUUGCCCCCGAGUGUCCCACAGGCCCCUGCGCAGUGUUUAAAGAGGCCACUCUAUAAAAGCAUGGAGCUGAAAGGUGUAGGGGUGGGGGAGGGGUGUCUCCCGCACUCUGAGAACAGCUGGUGAAGGGUCUGAAGAGAGAGCCUGCCCAUACUGGAGUUUGGAGAAAAUAACAGUUUCCCUUGAUUCUUGCCAACAGCACUUACUUAAAAUUUCAGAGCCUAGCCGCUCAGUUUCAGGAAUGAAAACUCUUAGCACUUUAUCGCCCUAUAUAAAACAUUUUUAGGGGGAACACAAAAACGUCAUGCCUAUAUGAUCAUUCAAAGUCUCAUUUUUGAAUUGGGCUUAACUUCCCUGUACAGGUGAAUUAUAGAGCCAGAAUCGUGCCUGCAGUUCUUACAUUGCACGCCAGGGGGCAGCGCUGUAUCAAGCUGGCUGUUGCUUCUUUGCUUUGCUGUGUUACAACAUUAAUUCCAUUGAAAUCUAAACUGGGGAUCUCCAGCCCAGGUUCUUGAGAGAGCCUUAUUCCAGUUACUCAGCUUUUACUUAAGGUCAGGUGCACCUGUACAUUCCUGAUGAAUUAAACAAGCGAUCUAUUCGAUUCAGAAGGGCCUGCGGUCCCACAUGAUCUUUAAAUUGCUCCACUUGGCACCUCCUGCUUGACUGAUGGCGGUGGUUGUGAUGGAGCCUUCAGAGGUGAAUUAUACACCCAGCUGGUCCUGGGGCUCCCCAGCACCAGGGUUGGAGACCCAAAUCCUGAAUUCGCAGUCCCACAGUCAGGAAUCUCACACUGGGAUGAUGCUCCUUACUCCUGGUCACGGAGGGCUUUUUUUGCCCGAGCUCUUGGCCACGUCGGCUGAGUCGGCUGUCGAGUGCGCUGGUCUGGUCUCGGGUGCAGUGCCUCAGUCACAGAGGUGAAGCCUGGGCUCCUUAUACACCCUCGUCUCGGGAGGGUCACUGCUUCAGAGAUCCUUUGCCUUGCUUGACACCUUGUUUGAGAGUACAGGAUAGCCUCAGCUUCCAGUCCUGGCUAUCCACUCCCUGACCAAAAGACCGUUUUAUACCGUAGUGGUUGUAAUGGCAGGUGCCUGCCUCUCGGCGAGCUCGCCAAUGUGUCCCGAAGAUCGGUGGCCAGCCCGCACGAGCCUCAGUCAUCUUCAGAUCCAGCGACGUGCUCAAAGCGCACAGUGUCAGCCCUGUGUCUGCCAGGGCAAAGUUACCCUGACAGAAAGUCCCCUUGGUCCUGUCUCCGUCUGCCUGCCACUGCCUCUGGCUCAGAUCCAUUUACAGGCCUGGCUUGGCCACUGGGUCAGCGGGCCGCAGCUGGUCCCUGGGCCUGCAGCGCAGAGCGGGCAGAGAUCACCAGAACCCCUGACCCCCCCUUGCCCAAAUCACCACUUCAAGUGAAAUGUUCUCUCCGAUUACCUUUGGAAGUGUUAAAGGGUUGAUGGGGUCUGGGCCCCUGAAGGUCAGAGGUCACGCUAGGGUAUGAGGGCGUGUCUGUUCUCAGAGGGGACCAGUGGGUUAGCUGCUUUCCUGCAAGGCAGGAUGGGAUAGGAAGGCCCCCCCGGCAGCGGCGGUCCCCUUGCAUGGGUGGCAGUCGGUGUGGUUAAGGACACACUGUUCACAAGCUGGGCAGCGGGGUCUGGGAGAGAGAGGGUGGGGGUGGUGGUGGCUGUUCGAGGGGAACUUCCUGACCCCUUUAGGGGUUUCGCUGAAGUGGGCAGCCAUACUUCCACUCGUCCGAAUUGACGGGGGGGAGGUGGGCUAACAGCGACCUUGUUCGGACCGGGUCAGGCUCUGCACCAUGUGAGGGGUACUGACAGAGCUCUCCCCCUCAUAGCAUGGGGAUCUGGCCCGCCUGAGCAAUGGACAGUCAGGCCAGGGGUCCGGGGGUGGGAGGGUGGGGGGAGUCGGGCUGUCAGCAUUGAUUCUGUCCUGUGUUCAUACUUGUAAAAUAUUUAAAAAUUCAAAAGGAGCUUUUCAGUGCAAAGGAAGCAGACGAGCUGUACAUAUUGUAGAUGUGGCUGUUUCUUGUAGAAACACGCGUUAUUGCUCUGUAAAUACGUUCUGUUCUUUCCUACUUCAAAAGUGUACAUAAGUUUCCAUUGUUUUUUUCGUUUUAAUUUUAUUUUUUUUUCUCUUGUAUUAAUGCGUUCAACCCUUUAUUAAUGGUGCAUUAAAAUAUUUUUUAAAAAAA